AUGUCAGUGGAUGCCAGCAAUGUUUCGACUCCCCCUUCAAUGCCAGCUCUAAAAAAGGAAUCACCAAUAUGGGAAGCAUCCCCUCAGGGUUGGCUGGAAAAUAUUGCAGAGCCCACUCCUUCGGGCCCAGACACUGCUCUGUCCCCUACACUGUUGUGGUCAGCUUCCCGAAAGCGGGCCAAGAGAGCAUUACGAAAUCUGCAAAAGCAAGUUGCAUGGCUCCAUUGGCGCCGCAAUGUAAUACACAAAGCGGCAGAAAUCUAUCUAGGUCUAGAGGCGAAGAAGGCAGGAUGCAUGCCCCUUGCUGCCCCCAGUGAGACAUCAUAUGAUAGAAACGGAAAACUGCAAACACCAGCAGCAUCGCUGUGCUCCCACUGCAAUACAUCUUUCCAGUUUCAUUCACUCAUGACGAUCGCAUUCUCAGGUGCCACGUGGUGGACGUUCGAAUAUUGCAAAUGUCUGUCCAAUACUCUCCCACUUAGCAUCAUCCAGUCUGGCUACUUUCCAGGGUCACCUGUAAUGCCCCAAGUUGCCUUUCAUUUCGACGUCCUUUCGCUGUAUUCAGCUUUGCAUGUGGUCUCGUACACCCCAAUUGCCUCCUUUCAUGCCGCUUUGUUUGCCAUGUUACGAGAGAACAGUUACGAAUUCACCCACAAUGACCCCUUUCUGCAGUUGUUUAGCGAGGUGAUAACAUGGUUUCAAGCCCUACGUGACUCGGUAGAGGUUGAAACAGAGAGAGAGUUUCUCCUACCCACAUCCCCUGCGGCACCCGAUGCACCGCUAUGUCGUUCCGCACUGGUCGAGUCUGCUGCGUUUACCCAUGUCGCUCCUGCCCACAAUGGCGAUCCAUCGGUCACUGCACCCCAUGGUGUGAUGACUGUUAACCACAGCAUCCCAACCUCCAUAGGGACGUCACCGGACCUUCCAUUGAUGCAGCGCAAGUCCAUACCUCCAUGCGAGAUGCCUGCAAUGUUUUGGAGGCUCGAUGUGGGGCAAUUCAGCCAACGAAUAUCCUGA